CCGUACAAUCCGCGCACACCCUUUAAAAAUGGCGGCGAGAGUGAGGCCUCUGCUCUGCAUCCAUCCCCACACCUCCGUGCCCGUCGUCGCCGCAUUCCGCCAGAAAUCGCCGUCGAAGCCUUCUGCAGCUAAAAUGGCCGCGAGCGGAACCGAGGGCGGAGCACCUUUCUCCGCCAAAGUGAUCGACUCGCACCUGCACGUGUGGGCUUCUCCUGCAGAGGCUGAAGAUAAAUAUCCUUACUUUCCUGGGCAAGAACCGACUUUGCCGGGAGAUGUUGAUUUUCUUCUCCAGUGUAUGGAUGAAGCAGGCGUAGAUGGUGCUCUUAUUGUGCAACCUAUUAAUCACAAGUUCGACCACUCUCUAGUGACGAGCGUCAUAAAAAAAUAUCCAACUAAAUUCGUUGGUUGUUGCCUCGCCAAUCCUGCAGAAGAUGGAAGUGGGAUUGAGAAGUUGGAACAGCUUGUUUUGAAGGAUGGUUAUAGAGCUGUUCGUUUCAACCCAUAUCUGUGGCCCUCCGGUCAAAAGAUGACCAAUGAAGUUGGGAAAGCAUUAUUCUCUAAAGCAGGAGAGCUUGGGAUACCUGUGGGGUUCAUGUGCAUGAAAGGCCUCAAUCUCCAUAUUUCAGAAAUCGAGGAGCUAUGCAAAGAAUUUCCUUCGACAGUGGUUUUACUUGAUCAUUUAGCUUUCUGCAAGCCACCACUAAAUGAUGAGGAAAGUCGCACCUUCUCUGAGCUUCUAAGAUUAUCCAGAUACCCUCAGGUGUACGUAAAACUCAGUGCUCUUUUCAGGGUGUCGAGAAUGCCAUUUCCGUUUCUUGAUUUAUCCGACCUUCUUUCAAAACUUAUUACCCACUUUGGUGCGAACCGAAUAAUGUGGGGCAGUGACUUCCCAUUUGUUGUACCGGAGUGUGGUUAUAAAGGAGCGAAAGAUGCAGUCUCUCUCAUUGCCGAACAAGUGCCUAUAGCAUCUUCUGAGCUGGAAUGGAUCAUGGGCAGGACAGUCAUGAAGCUCUUCCCAAAUGGCUGGCUCUAAACAUUGGUUUCAUGAGAACACCGUAGUACUACAGUAUAUUCAGGCCACUGUAAAAAAUUAUCAGAGAGAAGGCCAGACAAGAAUUUCAGACAAGAGGCGCAGAUAGAGUGGCUAGGUUUUGUGCCCCAGGCUAGGAUUCUUCGCGGUACUGAGAGGAGUGUUCAAAGGGCAGUCCCAUGGGUGCGCUGAUGUGUGGUGACCAUUGGUGGAUCUAUGCUGUGGUGCCGCCAUCGUCUAUUUGCUUCUUGGGAUUGUUAUGCAACGACUCCUAGUCCUUGAUGAUCUGAAGUUGGUUGGUCCGGUCACUCUUGCUAUAUAUGAAAUAUAUUUUGCAAUGCAACUCGCACUCGUGUCGAUUGUGUACAAAUGAUUCUGUUCACUACAAUAUAUGUCAAUAACAUAUGGUUUGCUUAAUCAUAUGCUUUUUGUACU